AUGCGGAUUCCAUUUUUAAAAAACAAAAGGUUUACCAAGGAUAAACCAGGCACCACUAGACCAAAUAAGGUCAUAGUCUUCAGCACUAGAGAACUUGAACAGAAAAAAACCAUCACUAAGAGAUAUAAGUUUCAUACUACCUUUGAGAUUCCAGAGCUUCUUAACAGCAUUAUGAAGCACCUCAUAGUAAGCUGCAACGGCUCCGUGGGAUUCAAAAUACAGUUCACUAAGCUCUUCAUCAAUGGCCAAUUCGUUGACUCCGUCUCAGGAAAAACAUUUGAGACUAGAGAUCCGAGCAAUGGGGAGGUGAUCGCAUCCGUGGCUGAAGGAGACAAAGCUGAUGUUGAUUUAGCGGUGAAAGCUGCCAGGAAUGCCUUUGAUAACGGCGCCUGGCCUCGUAUGUCAGGCUAUGAGAGAGGAAGAAUCAUGAUGAAAUUUGCCGAUCUAAUUGAAGAACACGCAGAGGAGCUGGCAACUAUUGAUGCGAUAGAUGGUGGCAAAUUAUUCUCCUUAUGUAAAGCCAUGGAUAUCCCGCAUUGUGUUCAUCUUCUCCGUUAUUAUGCGGGCGCAGCUGAUAAGAUUCAUGGUGAGACAUUAAAGCUCUCAGGUGAGUUUCAAGGGUACACGUUAAAAGAACCCAUAGGUGUGAUCGGGCAUAUUAUACCAUGGAACUUUCCUACGGCCAUGUUCUUCCUAAAGGUCAGCCCUGCCCUUGCUGCUGGUUGCACUAUGAUAGUCAAGCCUGCCGAGCAAACACCUCUUUCAGCUCUUUAUUAUGCUCACUUGGCUAAGCUGGUAAUAUUUUGCAAUUUUUUUUUCCGAAUUACUGUUCAGUUAAAAUUUUGAAUAGUGAGUAUUGAAUAUUUAAAGCAUUGAUUUGAGCUUAGACUCUUUCAAUUGCCUUUGUUCUCUAAUUUAUUUUGAGAGCUACUACUUAAUGAUUUUCUAUGAUUUCGUGUGAAGCCAAAAGACAAUAGCAUUUGUAGA